UUGCUUUUUGAAAUAAUCAACAAACAAAUGUAUUAAUCUAUUUAUUGUUAACUGGAGCAUACAGACUUUAACGGCUGUUUGCUGAAGGAACAAAGUAAUUAAUCCAGAACUAUACAAAGGAUAUUGACAUUUUGCAUUUAUGCUAUGACAAACUGUAUAUGUUCUACCAGAACUCCUCACUGUCAUAGAUUUUCUCCUGUUGGUCACCUUUUGCGAUCCAAGAAUCAAAUCAUCAGAAAAACUCAUCACCAGAUCAGCUCUACACCGUAUUGAUGUUAAGUCCAGCAGAUAAAACUGAGUUUUCACAUGUUGAUAUGCAAAAUAUUUUUUUAGCUGCAGAUACACGUGAGCCUUUGUGUAACACGUGCAAGUUACUUAAAGGAUCUUGUUGGGGGCGGAGCCUGCUGUGUGCCAGCUGCUGUGACGAUGCUGUGAGUCACAGGGAUGCCGGUGGAUGCCACCAUGUUGGUGCAUUCAUAGGAAGUCGAAACGUCAUUUUCAUAUCAGCGUGCUYAUAUGAAUCUGGAAAGAUUCCAAGAGGUUUUCAUUCAGGAACGUGGUAGUCAGAGCCGYUCAGACUGCACAUGGCCCUGAUCCAUCUGCAGCUUCUGCUGUAGUCAAAGUUUUUCUUUUUCAAAUCAACACACUGCAGGUUUYAUCCACAACUCCCUCAGUGUUAUGGUAAAAUAAGAUGGAAACUUAUUUUAGUGUCUUUAGCUGACAUGUUCCUGUGUUUUGGGAGAUAAAUGCUUCUUUUUGCCCUCGCUUUUCUAUUUCCUGCUUUUAGUUUUAACAGAAAGUUUGAGGUGAGUUGUCUCUUCCUCUUGGCCCCCCGACCUCCACUCCUCACCACCUCGUCUUUUUCUACUUUGGUUCCCCGACUCUUGGAACUCUUUCUGUAAGAUUUGUAGAAUUAUCUUUAAAGCUCAUGGAGGCCAGAUCCCUGAUCCUGACACACACCACAGCUCUCAGAUUACCUCUCUGCUCUGCUCCACUUUUCCUGAAUGCUUUUUACAGGAGUCACUUUAAACCCAGCAGCAUGCAGGAUUACCCAUGCUGAUGGCUGAAGAAGUGAAUGCAGUCCUAAUCUCGCCCUGCUAUCUUUCUGCUGUCUUUGUGUCUGGGYCUCACUCCACCCAGCAGCAUUCAGAACGUAACACCAGGAGGAAUCUCCAGAGAACAACUGGAGUGUAAUCUCAGGAAUUACACACAUGUCAUGUGAUGCUUUGGCUUUUUUUCUUCAUCAGAACGGAGCUGGCCUCCCCUCUGCCUCCUUCUCCCCCCACAUCAUGACCAACUCCCGGUUUCACCUCCAAGCCAGUUACUUAAUUUAAUCUUAUGAAACUCUUUCAGUGAGGGCGGAGGGACAGUGGAGCAUCCUCCACUGGCUCCUCCCAGAGGUUGCAGGCUCCUCCCUCCUGCUUUAAGCUCUUCCCCAUCACACUGAAGUCAGAACAGCCUCAGAGCGUCCCGCGCUGCACAGAUACAGGUCGCUGUCAGAGCCCAGCAGGUGUGACUGCGUCUGCAUGCCGACUGGCUGCUAAUCACCUGCCUGUUGCAGACUCCAGCUGCAGACUUGUGCCUGCUGCUGAGCUCUCCUGGUUGCCAGUUUGAGUGUAUUAUCAUCUGGGGAUCUUCUCUGUCAGAACAGACGGGUUAGAAACAUUUGAGGUGUGCAUCUCCAGCCGGCCAGCACAAUGAACUUCGAUGACAUUUUGAGCAAAAUUGGAGGCUUUGGGAAGUUUCAGAAGCUCCUGUAUGUGUGGAUCUGUGUGCCUCAGAUCUUCCUGGCGUUCCACAUGCUGGUGUCCGUGUUCACUGGGGCCGUUCCCCGUCAUCUGUGCCGCUCAGCUUGGCCUUCAGGGGCCACCCCCACCGCUUUGAACUUCAGCCUUCUGAGCGGGCCCGACGGCCGACCCGAGCUGUCCUGCAACAUGGCCCUGAACCACAGCGGCGCCGGCGGUGGCACCGUGGCCCCUGAUGGCACUGUGGCCCCCAGAGACGGGCACCCCACCGUGAGCUGCCAGGACGGCUGGGAGUACAGCAAGGAGACAUUCCAAAGCACCACUGUCACUGAGUGGGACCUGGUCUGUUCCAACUCCAGCCUCAACAACCUYGGCUCGUCCCUCUACAUGUUCGGACUCCUCRUCGGUGCUGUUUUAUUUGGUUACCUGGCUGAUAAAUAUGGCCGCCGAAUCAUCAUCCUCAUUUGCCUGGCUAUUCAAGCGACCUUUGGCGUGGCCGCUGCUUUUGCUCCCAAUUUCUACGUCUACACAGCCCUUCGCUUCAUGGUGGGAACGUCCAUCUCYGGUAUUAUCAUGAACGCCUUUGUUUUGGGUACUGAAUGGACGGGCCUGAGACAGCGCAUGCUGGCCGGGAUAAUCACAGACUACUUCUUCGGAUUUGGGUACAUCCUCCUGGCCGCGGUGGCAUACUUCAUAAGGGACUGGCGCAAGCUGCAGCUGGCUAUAUCUGCACCUGGCUUUCUCUUCAUCGUCUACAUUUGGGUUUUGCCGAAGUCGGCCCGCUGGUUGAUGGCCAACGACAGGAAGGAGGAAGCAUGGGACGUGAUCCUGAAGGCAGCAGAGAUGAAUGGGAAGCCCAUCAGUAAGGACGUGGAGAUGUGUCAGGUUUAUCAGACUGAAGACAAAACCAAGCUGAAGAAAAAACACUCCCUGGUUGACCUCGUUCGAACCCCGACAAUGAGGAAGCAGUCCCUGAUCGUCUUUUAUCUUUGGUUCGUCAACGUCCUGGUGUACUACGGCUUGUCCCUCAACAUUUCCGACUUCGGAAUGAACAUCUACCUGACCCAGAUGAUCUUUGGCCUGGUGGAGAUGCCUGCACGCACCAUCACACUGUUCACCCUCAACCGCUCACGCAAGUUCUCUCAGCUGGCUUUCCUAGCAGUGGGAGGUUCUGCCUGCCUGCUGACCACCUGCAUCCCCAGCGACCUGCCCGUUGUCCGAACGGUCCUGGCCAUGAUCGGGAAGUUUGGGAUUACAGCCUCUCUGUCUAUCAUUUAUGUCUACUCAGCUGAAAUAUUUCCAACAGUGAUCAGGCAAAACGGGAUUGGUAUAGGCUCCAUGUGUGCGCGGAUCGGCGGUGUCCUGGCUCCAAUGAUGUACCUUCUGAGGAACAUCAAUCCUCAUGCUCCCAUGAUUGUCUCUGGCCUGUGCCCGCUGCUGGGCGCUGGGUUGACCCUGCUGCUGCCUGAGACGGCCAACAAGCCUCUACCGGACACGAUCAAGGACAUCGAGGGAGAAAGCCUCAGUAGUAAUGAGGAGGAAGGUGUGACGGCAGCCAUCUUUGAUCCRAGGAAUGUUACCAUGGACACCCCCAGGAAGGAUUAGCCUCCCMGCACUGGCUGACAUAUGUCAUGUGGCAUUCAGUAUUUUUCAGUUUACGUUUUUGAGACAUAAGUCUUUACUUCCAGUGGAAGUUUCAGUUAAACUUUGUGAUUAUGGGUCUUUACAAGCUACCCAAACUCUUUAAACAAUGGUAUGUGUGAAAGUGUUUUUAUUCCUUCUUGAUCAUUUUUGUAUGUUUUUUUUUUGGGGGGGGGGCGUUAUGGAAUAAUUUCUCUUGUUCCUGCGUGGUAAAUUUAGUGAAUAUAGAAAGUGUCAUUCUGGUAAAGAUGUGUAAAAUUCUUAUAAUAAAUGACUAAAUUCCAGCAGCAUAUCAUCACAGAAGAAUGUAGAAAACUCAAAUCUCUAAUGUAAUGUGUGUUUAUUAGGUCUGAAAGUAAAUUCUCUGAGGAAUAAUUGUUUUUACAAUUUCCUCARCGGCACAAUUUUUGGACGACUUCGUUGAAGUUUGAUGCUGGAAGCCACCAAAGUUUAGUUUGAAACCGUCUGGUUUAUGAUGCCUGUCUAUCCAAAGUUCUCAGUGCCUUGAAACAAAAACAUGAGCCCACAGCAACACAGAGCCUUCACCAUACUUGUUACUAAAAACAGAUCUGAUUAAAUUCCCARCAAACUCUACAUGUUUACAUUUUUGAUGGUAAGACAGGAAGGGKUUUUUUUUCUUACAUCAUUCCCAAACUAGUCUAAUGGUUCCGUGGAGCCAGACUGUCACAUUUUGCUGGCUCCUUGUUCUGCCUACUGGCUAAAAGAAAUUGGCCUUUGUGUCAGAUUAUGUUUUUCCCUAGAAAAACUGAAAAUUAUUAGAGUUCCUAUAAACUCUGAUCAAUAUCGAAAUGAUUAAGGUUGGGAUUACAACAUUGUGUUUAUUGCUUUUAAUUUUUUGAUUGUUUUUGAGGGKUUUUUUGUUGUUGUUUUUAGAAUUGCCUGCACAGUUGAUGGCAACAAAAAGGUCCUGGGUUGGAAUCCUGACCAGGGCUCCUUCUGUGUGGAGUUUGCAUGUUCUGCCUGUGCAUGCAUGGAUUUGCUCCGGGUACUCCGACUUCCUCUCACGGUGCAAAAACAUGACUGUCAGGUUAAUUAGUCUCUCUAAAUUGUUUUUAGGGGUGUGCGUGCGUGCGUGCGUGUGCGUGU